AUGAAAUUCGCCCACAUUCUCACCUUUGCUCUCGCCAUAACUGCCGGCAGCAUCAAUGCAGCACCAGUCAGCACGGGAACUCAUUCCAUCACCAUCAAAAAGAAGGGUCCUAGUAGCCUCUUUACUUGGAAACAGCAAGUUGACCUCUUUAACAAACGCCCAUUUAAGAAAUACCUCAAAUAUACUCAAGGACUAGUCGAUGCAGGAAAAGCUGGUAUCAGUGCAGCUGCUUUCCAAAAAUUGGUCGACGAGGCUAAGAAGCCAAUGAUCGCCGCCGCAGAUGGUACCACUAAUAGGAUCCCAGAAACAGGUAGUCAACAAAAUGGAACUAGCGGUGGAGCAGCCUCUGGUGGCGUUGCCAACGACCCUCUUUCCAACGAAGGAAAUGACAUUGGUUACUUUGGACCAAUUACCAUUGGUGGACAGACAUUCAACACCAUCUUCGAUACUGGUUCGUCUGACUUAUGGGUACCCGGACCAAAUUGUAAAGAUACUGCUUGCACACAGCACACUGUAUUCGAUACCACCAAGUCGAAAACUUUCUCGACUAAUAACCAGCCGUUCUCGAUUCAAUACGGAACUGGUUCAGUCUCUGGUAUUAUUGCUACUGAUGAUGUCUCGAUUGCCGGUCUCACCGUCAAAAAGCAAACGUUCGGCCUCACCACCACGGAGUCGCAAGAAUUCGCCGGUUCAAAGUUCGAUGGUAUCCUCGGUAUGGGUUUAGAUCAAUUGAGCUCGCAAGGAGCUGUCACACCAUUCGACAGUUUGGUCAAACAAGGAACUGUCCAACAGCCAUUGUUUGGUUUCUUCCUCGGUCGCGAAAAGGAUAACACUCAAGGUCAACUUACCAUUGGUGGAGUCGACAACACUCUAUUCAAGGGAGAUAUUUCAUUCAACAAAUUAGUCAGUAACCAAGGUUUUUGGGAAAUCGCACUGGACGAUGCCUCCGUUGAUGGCAAGCCACUUAAUUUCCAGCAGAAGACUGCUAUCAUUGACACCGGCACGACCCUCUUGAUCGCUCCCCCUGACGAUGCCGCGGCCAUUCACGCGCAAAUUCCAGGUUCUCAGCAGAGUGGUGACAACUUUAUUGUCCCUUGUGACACUAAAUCAGUAGUAUCGCUUACAUUCGGUGGCAAAAACUUCGAAAUUAGUACCAAGGAUCUCGCGGCUAUUCCCACUGGACAAAAUAAUGAGUGUGUUUCAGGUAUUUCUGGUGGUGUAAUUGGUGGUCCUGACCAGUGGUUGGUUGGCGACACUUUCCUCAAGAACGUGUACUCGGUCUAUGAUGUUGAAAAGUUGGCUGUCGGAUUUGCCCCCAUAGUCUAG